AUGGAGAUGCCGGACGGGACAACGGACAUUGUCCAUCCAGAAGUUCGCGCGCACAUCAACAGUCUCGUAUCCGCGCUUGGUGGCACAAGUGCCGACGACGAUGGCCGAUACAAGCUCGGUGACGACGCCCUCGAGGUCCUCCGCGAUUUGAAGAAAUGGAUUCGCUUCUACGACGAAAAAACGAACCGCAUGGACGUUGCGCGAUGCAUCUCGGACGCCAACCUGGUCGAAGGCGACCUCCUCCAGAUCCUCGCCAGCUGGCCCGAAAACGAUACAAACAACAAGUUCAAGGCUCGCGUCGCCCUCGCGUGUUUCGAGAUUAUGGUGCCUCUUACUUGGCCCAUGGAGCGAGACGCCGAGCGAAUGACGGUCAACCAUCACCGCCACAUACCUGUUCUCGAGCUUGCGCAAGUGGGCUACAAGCGGGCCAUCAUCAACUUUGACGGUGCUCAGAUUCUCAACACGGCGGUUCGGGCCGCCUUGCCAUCGAUGGCCAUGCCGAUUGGCGACCGAAGUCCUCGUGACCAAGGCAUCAUCAAGCUCGUGCUCUUUUUCCUUCGCAACAUAGCCAUGAUCACCCCUCCCCCGGGUGUGCAAUACGACGGCGACGAGACGCAGAUAUCCCGCUCCACGACGAUCGACGCAUUCUCUUUCCAGGACAUCUUUGCGGUGUUGCUGAUGAUCGCAUCGAAUAUGGGUGAAGACUUCCGCACCGAAGACGUGCUUGUCAUGGAAGUAAUAUACCACCUCGUUAAGCAGGUCGACAUCAAGAAGCUUUUCAUGGAUGAACGGCAGUUGAACAAGACAAAGGCCCAAGAGCUAUCAUCCAUGAUGAGCAAAGAGACUGCGAUGCGUAAUGCGUACAACCGCAAGGGCCCAACGCGCCAUAACCGAUUUGGUACCAUGGUGUGGAUGCAGCGUGACGAUGGAAAGGUGUCGACCAUCACCGGCCAGGAUGCGCUCGCAGACAGUGCCACACGACAGAAAAAGCUCGACGAAUCCAAGACCUUCAAGCCACCACGCAGGGCGAGGAAGGAGGAACUGGAAUCCAAGGACCUUGGCGCUCCAGUUAAGCUCAACGCAAGAGCCAAUGAUCAGCUCCGAACUUUUGUCGAAGACUUUCUCGAUGCGGGCUUCAACCCUCUGUUCGAGCAUGUCCGCAAAUCUCUGGAUCGAGAAGCGUCGCACGUCCUGUCUUACCAUCGGAGACAGUUCAUGUACCUCGUCGCCUGGUUCUUGGAAGCAGAACGAAUUCGUAGAAAGUAUAGACGAGAGUCCAAGAAGCCUGGCACAGCGGAGGAGGUCAGCAGCUUCAACCUCGUGGCUGGCGUUUUGAACCAGCCAAUGUUUGUCACUCUCACGAAGACGAUGCACGAUUCUUGGGAACAAAAGGACUGGCCCACCUUGACGGCUGCAAUGCGUUGCUUUACUCAGAUUUUGCUCACUGUUCAAGAGAUGACGGAGUCCGGUAACGAGGACGACGAGGAGAUUGCGGAAAACACCUUGAGCCGUCUUUUCUACGAAGAUUCUACACACGAUUUGAUCGCCAACGUCGUCAGGCAAUACAAAGAGCAGGGCUUCGAAUAUCUCGACAGCGCCACGGAGCUGACGCACCACUUCCUGCGGAUCCUGGAAGCGUAUUCGAAACAAAACGUCGACAUGCAAGUCCGAUCUCGCAAGCGGACUCGACGGAAGAAAAAGGCUGCUCAAGACACCGCGGGUGUAGAUACCCUCGACGAAGAAAACGAUGAUUCUGCAAACGACGAGGCCAACGCCGAGAGGGUUUCCAAGGAGCGCAAGUUCGACUUCCACCGGUUUACAUCACGCUUCACGCCCCAGGGAGUUGUCGACACCUUUGUCGCCUUUACCAAGUUCUACCGGGAUCUUGACGACUCUCAGCUUAAACGCGCUCACCGUUACUUCUACCGUGUUGCUUUUAAGCAGGAAAUGAGUGUGAUGCUAUUCCGGGUUGACAUCGUGCACCUCUUUUACAACAUGAUCAAGGGGCCGGAGCCUCUGGACAAGAGCUCAACGAUGUACAAGGAGUGGGAAGAACUCUCCAAGCAAAUCCUCAGGAAAUGCAUGCGCAAGAUUGAGCAACGACCCGAGCUCGUAAUCGAGUUGCUGUUCUCCAAGAUGAACAACACCGCCUUCUACUUGGAGUACGGCUACGAGAAACAGACUAUUUCGACAUCACAUGCCCGGCCCGCGGCAGAACUUGAGUUCAAGCAUACCGAAGAGCGCGAUCGACAAAUCGCUAUUGUCGUCGGAGCACUCCUUGACAAGAAUCAGGCGGAUCACAUAGCUUGGGUCAAGUCCAUGCUCGAGUCUGUUGAGAGCGAGCGGCGGGCUUGGGCAGCAGCAAACGAAGUUAUACCGUCUGUGGAGCGCACCGAGACAACUGCCGAAGAUGCACCAGCUGACGAGACGGCUAACCUUCCCCCUCCAUUCACUGUACGACCAGACAGUGAUACUCGUAGAACCGCCGUGUUCAAGAACUCCCACCUACGCCUCCUCAUGAAGCUCGUGGGUUUCGAACGUCUUGCUCCAACUAUUGAGGAGACCUCGCAGUCCUUGUGGAUUCUACCUGCACGAGUGACUGCAGAGGACCUGCAUGAGAGCCUGGACUUCAUCAACAAAGCCGAAUUCGACCCGCCCGUUUUCGAGGAUGGUCGUGCUGCUGACGAUCAGCUCCGGCGCAAGAAAGUUGCCCGAAAGCGAGCCGAGUAUGAUGACGACGAGGAUGGCGACGUUGACGAUGGCUUCCUCUUUGACCCCUUGGGACCUACCGUCCACAAAGCCAUUGACGAGCCUGCAUCCAAAAAGACAAAGCGCAGGCGUCGCAGAAAGGGGAGCGAAGAAGAAGAGGAGCCGAACGAUUCCGACUUGGAAGAAAGAGCCAAGAAGCGUAGAGAACGCGAGAGAGAAAAGGCGAGGAAAAUCAAGAGCCAGGCAUACGUUCAUGCCAGUGAUGACGACACGGAUGAGGAGUAUGACCGCGAGUUCUUCCUUCGGGAGGAGGCUCAGCGCUUGCGCAUGGCUCGCGUCGUGGAGAAGGUGACGCUGUCGGAGCCUACCAAGAGACUAUCUGCGGUUGCGCUCGACGACAAUGACGAUGAUCUGCUUGACUUGACGAAGGCCACCCAGUCGACCCAGGGGAGCGCUGAUGUGGACAUGGAUGCCGGGAGCGAGGUUGAGCAGGAUGGCGACAACCGAACGCCUUUGACAUCGAGCCCGUCUUCCUCGCAGGAAAAGGGUACGAGAAAACGGAGGCGGCUGUCUCCUGAAGAGCCCUCUCUCGAAAAAGGGGUCGAAGGGCCAAAGGAGACGAACGCCGACUCGGAAAAUGACGAGGAUGACGCCCCGGUGCCCGCAGCACGAUCACGGCAGCGCACGAGGGGAGGGUUCGUCAUGGAUAGCAGUGAUGAAGAGUGA